AUGCGCCAGGGUGUACGUCUACGCAACGGCAAAGCCCCCGAGGAUGACAUUCACCAAGACAUGGUCUUCGAGGCGUUAGAAUUGGCAUGCGGCCACCUCUCGCUCGUGAAUCCGACCAAGAGUCUGACCUCUGUUGAGCAAUGUUGGUUCGAUGCUCCUGGUCACGUUCGCUUUGCCAACAAGAUGCUACUCGCUCGCCUCCCCGACAGCGCCAUCAUCCUCCACUUUGCCUACGACACAACCACUCAUCUGAUCCACGAUUCGAAGGCCGCGACUCUAACGGCAGUCCUUCGCGAAGCCCCCCGCAUUUUCCUCAGCGAAAGCCUCGAUGGCAAUAUGGCCGCACUUGAUGUCAGAGGUGGCAGCAGAUUCAGGUACCGCGUUCCAGAGCGCUACACGCGUAUCCCCGCCACGCGUCAUCACGAGAAGUACGUUACGAGCUUCUUGGUGUACCAGGUUUCUUGCGAAACUAAACACAUUAUUCGUCUCGUGAGCCGAACGAGACAUCGGCAGCUCUUCCCCAUGGCGCAUGAGGAUCAGCCCCUGACACGAGAGCCCACCAAGAGCCUCGAAGACUUGGAGACCGCAAACUUGAGUUUCCAAGCCAAUACCGACUACAUCUGCGGCGCUGCGUCUCGCCCACUCAGGAUGGUGCUCAACCGCCAAAUGACCAAAAUCCUCGAAGACAGGGGCGUCCGAGACGAGUGGUUCUUCAGCCAGCAGAAGCGAGAGCUUGAACGACUCCACGCCGUCACGGCUGGUGCGUGGAACACCGGGGCCUUUCUGCAGCUCCAAGGCAUCGGCUCGGCAUUUUACCUCUCGACAUUCAUCAACCCGCUCGACAAGUAUGGUAUCAACUACAGGCGCAAUGACUUCCUGCGGUGUACUGUGGAGGCCGUAGUGUUUCAAGAGCUCCGCCUGCUGAAACAUAAGGCGAGGAUUCCCAUGCCUCAAGGCGUGACUUUCUUCGGAAUCAUGGAUGAGUCUGGGUUUCUUUCCGAAGGCGAGGUUUCCGUGUGUUACGACUCGUGCUACAACGGCUCUCUGCCGAUCGACAGCACUCUUAACGAUGGAAAUAUUCCUGUCAUCCGGUCCCCUGCUCUCUACCCAGGCAACGUUCCAUCAGUGAGGAUGCGGACGCCGCCAGUGGGAUAUCCAUUGCGAGACUUGAGGAACUGCAUCGUCUUCAGCCAACAUGGCGACCAGGACCUGCCGAGCCAGCUUAGCGGUGGCGACCCCGACAGCGAUCUGUACAACAUCAUCUGGGAUCGACAGGCACGCCCGAAACGCUUUUUGGCCCCGGCCGACUACCCUCGGAUCACACCAACGGAGCUGAACCGCCAAGUCACGCGGGACAGCAAGGCUGGUUUCUUCGUCGACUCUAUCAAGUCCGACGUGCUCGGAACGAUUACCACGGAACACCUCUUCUAA